AGUAGGACCUUAGAUUUAACAAGUUCCGGUAACGGAACAUUUGCUGGAAUAAUGGCACAUUAGAAUUUCCAACAAACAAGAUAUUGUCCGAUGUCUUGUUACGAUUGAAGAAUCUCAGCAGAACAUGUCAGGUCUUUAGGAACGCAAAAAAUGUCACCUUAGGUAACUAUCCUUCUGUAUAUCUCUAAGAGUGAUGAGGUUAAUUCUAUGUGUUCACAGACUGCGCGCCUUCAUUUGAUUUAAUAGCAGAUACGUCCGAUUUGGGCUCAAAAUUCUGAAUACCCGAGGCUUUGCCGAACUAACUUUGCUUGACCUAGCGAGUUUUGGGACUAAAACCCACUCACCAGGCUAUCGCUAUUUCACUCAAGACGAGGGGCGACGCAUGGCAAAUCCCGCCCACGUUUCAAAGGUGCGGGCAUUGUACAAACGGAUUCUCCAGCUGCACCGGUUUUUGCCGAUAGACCUACGGGCCCUGGGUGACCAGUAUGUCAAAGACGAAUUCAGAAGACACAAAUCCGCAAACCCGGCGGAAGUCAAGUCCUUUAUGAUCGAAUGGGAGAGCUACAGGGACACGCUGCAGACGCAGGUGCUGGACUCGGCGUCCGGCGGGAGGGCGGGGGGGGCGUUCGGGGCGGAGCUGUCCGAGGAGAAGCUGAAGCAGUUCCAGAACGAGCAGUUUGGGCAGCUGUACCAGUUGAUGCUGGAGUCCACCAAGCCCAACCCACAGUUCCACAUACAAGAGGACGGCCUGCAGAAGUGAGGGGGGGGGGGGGGCGGGGGGGCGGAGACAGGGGCGGAGCCACCAAGCCCAACCCACAGUUCCACAUACAAGAGGACGGCCUGCAGAAGUGAGGGGGGGUGGGGGGGGGGGCGGAGUCAUGGGCGGAGCCUCAACCACAGCUUCACAUACUGGAGUUAGUGGGGAGGGCGGAGUCAUGGGCGGAGCCUCAACCACAGCUUCACAUACUGGAGUUAGUAUGGGGGGGCGGAGUCAUGGGCGGAGCCUCCCAGCCCAUCACACACUUCCACAUACGGGAGUGGGGGGGGGUCAGAGAUGGACAUGGGCGGAGCCUCCCCCAACCAACCCACGGUUUCCACAGUGAACGUGAACGUUAAACUGCCAAACUGACUGUGAUUAUAAUAAGUGCGUAACUAUAAUAAAGUGUUCUGUUUCAGAUACCCGG